GGCAGACACCGGAAGAGGAAGCAGACUCUGCGCGUCGCGGCGGGAGAUUCGGAGGCUGCGGGGAGGCGGCUCCGGCUCGGCCGGAGGGGCCCGGAGCAUGGUGCAGAUCGUCGUCUCCAGGGAGGGUGCUGGAGGCCUGGCGGAGUGGGUGCUGGUGGAGCUGCAGGGCGAGGUUGAGCCCCGGCAGAGCGCUGGACUAGCGGGGAGCCUCCUGGGGGACCUGCACUACACCCGGGAGGGGGUCCCCGUGCUCAUCGUGGGCCACCACAUCCUCUACGGGAAGGUGGUGCAGCUGGAGAAGCCCUUUGCUGUCCUGGUGAAGAAGGGAGCUGGCGAGCCUGACCCCGCAGGAACACACACCCACUACACCGUCACCGCCCUCAUCAAAACCAAGCUCCUCUUCAAAACCCGCCCCAAGCCCAUCAUCACCAAUGUGCCCAAGAAAGUCUGAGGACUUGAGCCAGCAGGUGUGAGCUCUGUGCUGCAGCCAGGGCUCAGGGAGAUGCAGGGUCAGCCAUGGCCUUGUCCCUACCUCUGGCCAGCUCAGGAUGAUGGGUCCAGUGUCCCGGCACCCAGAGCCCUUCCUGGCUUGCUCUGGGGCACAAACCUAGCUGCUAUCCUGGGUGAGAUGGGUCCUGGUGGGUGGUGACCUCCUCUGAGCUUGGACAGGGCUGUCCUAUCCCAGGGGCUGCUCUCAGUGUCCAGUCUCAUCAGUUCCCGGUGAGCUGCCAGCUUUCCCUGUCCUCCUGCCUAUGGUGGGGACCCAUGGUGGUGCUAGCACAUGGACUGUUCUCCCUGCCACUAUAUGUCCCCCUCUAAAAGCACCCCUGGGCUCCCCCCCCAAGGUGUCACAGCAGACCAGGGCCACCAGCCUCUUCUCCACAUACUGCUUUUUUCUGUGUGCAAGUCUUUAUUUUGACAAAUCCGUCAGGAUAUAAAAACAGACUUUUCCAAAAUAUGAAAAAAAACCCGCAGGUUAAAAAAUAAAUAGAUUUACAAACAAUUAGCAAUAAGUAUGAAUACCAAAGAGCUACAAAAGUCUUCUAAAAAACCUCGUAUUAAAUUAAACAAAGCAAUCUAAA